AUGUUGUUUGCUGCUUCCACUGGUGUUUAUUUCACUGCUGUUAUUGAGCCUGAAAACAGACGCUACUGCCCCUCCUCUCCGCGCCUCAUCGACCACCUUCCCGCCGCAGCCCAAACCGCGCGGGCAAGCGAGCGGGGUCGAAAUUCGAACCACACCAGUGGUGCUGAUGAACAGCUCCUCGACAGAGAGGAGUCGACACUGGACAGUCGGCUACUGACCACUGAGCCGCUCCAGCAGAGUGAGGAGCUGGGGGACCUGCAGUCUCUGUCCUGGCUAACCACUGUGGAUGUACCCAGGCUGCAGCAGAUGGCCACAGGCAGACUGGCCUUCAACAACGCAGGACCCCAGAGCAGCAUACUGGAACUACACACAGACCAGCAAAGCAACAUGAGUACAGCACCAGGACAUAAUACCACGACCCCUCCACAUAGCAACAUGCAAAACACUUAUAUUGGAAUGAACUACCUCAACAAUCAAAAUGGAAAUAUGGCAGGAUUGCCAGGAAGUGCUGUGCCUGCCUCAGAAUACCAGUCCUCCCCAGCCCACUACUUCCACUCCCCCCAGCAGGCCUACAGCCCAGCUCAGGCUGUGCAACAGUGUUCCCCCAGCAGCCUGUACAACAGCACCUCCUACCAUAACCAGAACCUGUAUGAUCAGCAAGCAGCAGUCACGAGCAUCACCAACCCCCACAGCAACCAGGAUCUGCUACAACAACUCAAGGCCUUCCCUAAACCUAUCUACUCCUACAGCUGCCUGAUUGCUAUGGCCUUGAAGAACAGCCGGACAGGCAGCCUUCCUGUCAGUGAGAUCUACGGCUUCAUGAAGGAGCACUUCCCAUACUUCAAGACGGCGCCUGACGGCUGGAAGAACUCUGUGAGACACAACCUGUCUCUGAACAAGUGCUUUGAGAAGGAGGAGAACAAGCAGGGAGGCUCCUCCUCUACCUCUCGUAAGGGCUGUCUGUGGGCCCUCAACCCAGCCAAGAUCAACAAGAUGGAGGAGGAGAUGCAGAAGUGGAAACGCAAGGACCUGACUGCCAUCCGCCACAGCAUGGCCAACCCAGAUGAGCUGGAUAGGCUGAUCACAGACCGACCAGACAGCUGCCGGAGAAAGCCCUGUGAUCCCAGGAGGACAUGUGUCCCGUCCAGGCCCUGUGGUCCCCCGCUGUCUGGACAUCUGCAGUCCUCCCUCCCCUUCCACCUCCAGGACCAGAAUCACACCCUCCUAGGAGAACCCAGCUCCCCUGUAGACGCCCAGACCCCUUCCCUCCAUGCUGUCCCAGACUACUCCCACAGCCCCUUCCACCAGCUGCAGCCCUACAGACACCCCUCUAGCCACAGCUUGUACAGCCUCCACCCAGACGUCACAGCCGAGGUGGACGCUCUGGACUCCAGUAUCAUGGAGUUUGCCGGGAGCCUAUGGGAGGAGAUGAGGGAGGAGGGCUUCAGCCUGGAGUCUCUGGGUACCUUUAACCACUCUGACUGUGAGCUGACUGGCCCCAGCACUGGACAGCCCCUGGUGGACCGACAGGUGGCCGGGCUAUACACUACCCUGGACACAGCACCAGCUGUCCCCUCCCAGUACAUCACAACCACAGAGGCCAGGGGCCAGGCCAUCGCCCAGCUCUGA